UUGUGUCUCAAUAUUCAUCUCUCUCUCUCCAAAAAAAUCUCUCUAGCUCUCUCUUUCUGUUCUUCAAAUAAAAAUCCAACCAAACUAAAUUAAAACAUCAAUAUACAAAAUGGAAAACAACGUACCAAUAAUAACCAAGAGAGUAUGGAGUAUGAUACGUGUGGCUUUGUUCAUGUUAAGAAAAGGCAUAUCAAAGGGAAAACUAAUGAUGGACCUCAACAUGAUGGUUAAACACCGCGGCAAGCUCGCCGGAAAAGCCAUCACCAACCUCAUGUUUCAUCACCACCACGGUGGCUCCACCUCAAGCCGUCGUAACGACACACGCCUCUCUACCACAAGGGAGUAUGAGUUCAGCUGUAGCAACACCCCUAAAUACAAAUUUUCAUUUAACAACAAACGCCACCGCAACAACCACUUCUUCACGUGUGCUCACGCGCCUCUCACACAAGACGAUGACAUUGUUACCGUUAAUGCGGUUAAGGCUGUGUUAGAGAAAAUGGUAAACAAUAAUGAGGUGAUAGGUGAGGCUUCCCCGGUGCUCCCCGGUUCUCGACGAACUCCUAUGACCAGGCAGUUGAUGGUUAAUGACCUUGACACCGAUACGGAUGCCGAGGUAGACAAGGCUGCCGAAGCAUUUAUAAAGAGGUUUUACUUGCAGUUGAAGUAAGAGGAUGGAGUUUUGUUUCACAAUUUUGUUUCUUAACAUUUAAUUAAUGUUACUUUGUGAUUUGUGAUUUAUGAUUUAUGAACAUACAAAGCUGGUAUGCAGUUUUGGAUAGU